AAGCAGUCAUGACUUUUAUCCGUACAAAAUAGAAACUAUGGAACAUAAUCCUGGCAUUUACUUCGAAAAAUUAAAUGAUCUUCGUAUAUACGACAACCAAUGGAGAUUACUCAUAUAUGUAGAUAUGUUAGGCAUGUUAAAUCAAUCGGACUCUUUACACCGCUACUUGAGUGCAAUAGACACUAAAUGCACAUCUAUCAGUAAUUACUGCAUAGUCGAUUCUCAAAUUAAGCUAGUAGGAAAUAGAAUACAUGCGAUUGAGGAAUAUAUAACACAGAUUGGAAAACUAACAACGUUAAAUCAAGAUAAAAAUGAAAAACAAACCAUACGCCAAAAACGGGCACCUUUCGAGUUCAUUGGUAAAAUUUCAAAAGUUCUUUUUGGAACACUGGACAGCGAUGACGCAGACUAUUAUAACGAACAAAUCGAUAGGGUAUAUAAGGAUACAAAACACAUAGCUAAGCUGUUAGAAGAGCAAACUAAUAUUUUUAAAUCCAAUAUAGAUAGAACAAGUUACCGAAUAAACGAGCUCCGAAAUAAAUUUGCAAAUAUUACCAAAGCAGUAGAAACUCUUCAAAUCAUUUCAAAUCGUGUUACAAUGGCAGUAAAUUACAACACUGAAAAUUUACAAAUAACGUCGUCCCUGAUCCAAUUAGAUCAAUGUUUAAACGAAUAUGAAUUGGACCUUAAUACAAUUAUUGACGCAAUUUUUUUAGCUAAGCAAGGCAUGAUCCACCCUAAAAUAAUCACUCCGACAGAACUUGCCAUUACGAUAAAAGAAAUCCAAGCCUCGAACCCAUCCAUAAUUUUCCCAACUCCUUCGGAACCAAAUUAUAUGGAAGAACUAAUUAGAAUUUCAAAAGUACAGGUGGCAUAUGCAAAAAGCCGUCUCAUUUAUAUACUGGAAAUCCCAUUAUUGACAAUCAACAUAUUUAAUUUAUAUAAAUUAAUACCAGUACCAAUGGUACAAGAAUCAAUAGAUAAAAACUACGCGUAUAUAACACCCGCAGCUCCAUAUUUAGCAAUAACAAGCGAUCGUGUUUUAUACACUCCGCUAACCGAAAGCCAAAUCGAAAAAUGUAAAGAAACCAUGGGUAUAUAUCUUUGUAAGCGCACGAGACCGUUAUUUCACACCGUUGCAAAAGUUACAUGUGAAGUAAAUCUAUUAAUAAAUCCAAAAAUCGUCGAUUUCACUACCUGCGAUAUUCGGGUCAUAAAAAUGCUCACUUCAUUCUGGACUCAACUAACAGAACCGAAUACCUGGAUAUUUUCAACUUCAAUUGCAGAACCCUUACACAUAACUUGUCCUAACAAGGAUCCGAUACACGUUAUAAUAAACUCAACCGGAGUAAUUAAAAUUGCUCCCAAAUGCAUAGCGACUUCCACGGUUGUCACGCUAACCACCACGCGAGUUCUCGAAUCUAAAAUACGAAAAUCAUAUGUACCGCCAAUUCAGUUAAAUAUUACUAACUUAGACCGAUCGCUAGCAUCUACAAACCUUUCGGAAGUACAUUUAAAUAUACCGCAUAUAAAGCCAUACGUUGAUACGAAUGAUCUGGCUACUACAGGCACUAAAUUAAGCGAUAUUGUUAACCAAGCAAAAGAAAUUGCUAAGCACAAAAGAACAGAACAACGUAUAACAAACAUACACUCCGUCUUACACUUGACGGGUCUCGUUAUCAUAUCACUUACUAUCUUGGAUAUAUUAUAUAAAUUGUCAAUCUUUACGAAAAUAAUAAGACUAUUUUCAUUCUGUAAGCGAGAUAAAAACCGUUCUGCGCCGACAACUACAACAAACCUAUCGUCAGAUCCGAUUAUACCAUCAUCUAGUAAUGUUAAACCCGAAAUCAUAUUACUAAAAAACAUAGAAAAUUAUUCAACAGCAGCGACAACAAGCCAAAAUCGAGCGUACUAUGCGACACCAUUGUAA